CCAAUUUCUCUCAACAUGGCAACACACGAGCUUGUUAUUUUAUAGCUCCACUGAAGGCCAGUCCAGAUGGCUUUUAUGUCCAGACUGUCCCGGUCAAGGAGUAAUUCCAGAUCUCCCAGCAGAAAGGACUCAGAGAAAGGCUCUCCUGUGCUAACUGUUGCUGAACUUGAGCGUCUGUUGUACACUGGGAAAACCGCCUGUAAUCAUGCAGAUGAAGUGUGGCCACGACUCUACAUAGGUGACCAAGAAAUUGCCUCAAACCGCAAAGAACUGGUCAAGCUCGGGAUCACACACAUCCUCAACUGUGCUCAGAGCAAAUGGAGAGGUGGUGCGGAGUAUUACGCUGGCAUGAACAUCAUAUAUCACGGCAUUGAAGCCCACGACUCGCCCUCUUUCGACAUGAGUGUCAACUUCUACCCAGCAGCCGAGUUCAUUCACAGAGCCCUUAGUACCGGAGUCCGUUACAUUGUUUGA